AUGCUCCAUACAUGCUGUGACAGACGCUUCGUGGCCCAAGACGACGAAUCUCCGCUUCAUGACACUGAGGCGCUUGACCCGCUGGGUCCUGAGUGGUGGGGUUACAUACUUGCUGUUUAUCUCCCGCCCUCAUCGAUCUUCACCAUCAAGCAAGUCUGCAAGGCUUGGAAUGCUUUGACCACAAGCCGCUACUAUACAAUUCACUCGCCUCUUCGAAUAACUGAGCGGAUUCUCUAUCGGCUGUCCUGCGAAACAUCAACACUUACGGCCGAACAAAGAGCACGCGUCGCCCGGCACUUUUCACUGCACUGUGGCGAUAGUAUUACCAUUGGUGUUGCGCGUGAUUCAGAGGCAAUCCACGACAUUACCCAGAUGCUUUUGUUGGAAAUGAGCCCUGUGAAGCAAAUGACAAUCUCAAUUGACACAACCUACAUGCCCAUUCCAAAGUCUCUUCACAGCCUGCUGCUUCGAAGCGUUGAUGCCCUCCAGGAGCUGAAACUGCGAGGAGUCCGAGUGUCCCAACAGCUCAAUCGCAUUUGCAUGGAGAACCAUCAAAAUUCUUUUCAGAGGCUCGGGUACAUUGAGCUUUCUCGACUGCAAGUCCUAGAGGUUGAUGACGUCUCCUUUCUAGAACAUCUUUCAGCACCCCGGCUGGUGUCCCUAUUCGUGGACUACACUUCUCUACCAGAAAGCAGUGAGGAUCUCAAUCAUGAAGCAAACGAGGCCGCCCUUGGCUGUGGGCAUACGCUUUCCAAAACACCACGGUUUAUCCUGCUCACGUUCCUCUCGCGCUCUGGAUCGCAACUCGAAAGGCUCGUACAGGCUGCCAUCCUCCCGGAGUUCUCUCGCUCCUCGUCCCGAACUCGAAACGGCAGCCAAUCGGCAACUGUGGGAGAACCCUUCGUUUGCCUCCCGAAGCUGACGUCUCUGGCAGCUUCUGAUAUUCACCUUCUGCUGCACAUUCGGACGUUGAAUUUGCAGUCGCUCACUGCUUGUGUUCCCAGCGCAUGUGCCCUCACCUUCUUCAAAUGUCAUUGCACCAGCCAGCUGAAAAGCUUGGAGCUCACACUAGAGAAGAAAGCUGCGGAUGGCAAUUCACGUCGCAAUUCAUGGCUCCCUGUUGGCUGCGUGUCUCCCUGCACUACGCGGCUGCCCUCGCAGGCACCAGCAUUCGGCGGAAGGGGGGCCUAUCGACACAGUUCUUGCCCUCUGCCUGUUUCUGCGUAUGACUGGCAGCACGGUCGUCAGUCUUGCAAUGAACCACCUGCCUGCCUUUACCUCUAUCCUAAGGAUCGGCAAGGGCCCACUGGAAAUAAAGAAAGCGGCGUACGGGACAAUCGUCAUCACGGCUUGCAGAGACCUCUGUCGCCUGUCGACUCCCAGCAGCAUACGAAGACAGACUACCCUCCAGGCGUGAAGGCUAGAGAGGGUUUGUCGCAGAUGCAGCGGACCGUCGUGUUGGUCGACGUCGCCUGCCAAGAGUCUGCAGAGCUGCUGCCGAUUCUGCUACCUAAUCUCGUGAAGCUUACAGCCCCUGGCUGCCUCUUGACGUACCUGUUCUGCCCGGCCCUUGAGCGUGCCCAUGUCACUGGACAGCCGCAUCGAACAGAGGUGCUGUCAUUCGUGUAUGAAGCUGCUCCCAAAGUCGAGGAACUGAUUCUCGACACGUUAGCGCGAGACAGAGACGACCAAGGGAGGGCGCGUCAAUCAGUCACAGGUUCAGGCGCCGUUCGGCAGGACGAACUUCAGGCAUCCAAAAACGGCGGAAGAGGAGGCACCAUCGGCACUGUGCACACAAAUCCAGUAGCACCGCGGUGGCGGCUGCCUAAACUCCGGGUGUAUAAGGGGCCUGUGUGCUUGUGGGGCAUCGAUGUAGAGUGCCCGAAGCUCGAGUGCCUCACGGGCAAUGACGCCGGUUCACUCACAGAUCUGGCUCCCUUCCUCUGCAGCGGUAAUUGCCCGGUCCUGCGAGAAUUAUCCGUGUUCGAGCUGUCCUCGCUGCACUAUUUGGACAUAUCCGCGAGCCCCUCAGGGUUCAACCGCGAACACGAUUGCCUCUCCGUGAUAACGACGCCGCCUGAUGUGGCUUCAGCCGGCGGAGAACUGUCUCCUGAAUUGGAAGCGCUGAGAGUGAAAAGGUUUAAUGUGAGACAAGCGCUUGAGUCGCUCGGUGUGAAUCAACCGAACCAAGUCCCAGCGCGGGGGAGAAACCCGCUGCAGCGGGUGCUUCGUCAAGUUCGCAUGCUCACUGUGGACGAGAUCGAAGAGGGCAGAGGGUGGCUCCGGCCGCUGUUGUAUUCCCUGCCAAAUCUGAAGCGAGUUGCUCUUGAGCUGCUGGGUAGCAUUACCUAA